UGAUGCAGCACAGGCAGAGGCGGCAGUCGCGCGCCUCGCACAAGCCGCUGCGCUCCCGGCACUCGCGCUUCGGCUACGACAUCCAGGACGUCGACGCCUUCCUCACAAAGGCUUCGAUCGAGAAGCCGGCCAACAUCCCCGUGGUGCUGGCGUCGCCGUGCGUGCUGUACCAGACGCGCACGGGCGGCUACCAGGAGGAGCUGUCGCUGCCCCUCGGCAUGGUGGUGAACGCCGUCUUCAAGAACCAGUCGUGGCUGUACGUGCAGACGCCGCACGGCGAGGAGGGCUACGUGGGCUACGGCGCGUGCCUGCCGCUGGGCAUCCUGCCGCCGCCGCAGCGCUCCAAGCCGCAGCCCUGCUGGGAGACGCACGCCGACAUCUUCCCGCGGCCGCUCGGCAACCGCACCGACAGCGAGAAGCUGCGUGACGGCACGCGCUCCGAGUGCGGCGCCGCCUCCGGCUCGGCGGCGGCGGCGGCGGGCGCGGCGGCCGGCCGCUGCUACCGCGCGCGCGACGCCGUGUCCGCAUGCGGCGAGCGCAGCGUCGACCGGCUGUACCUGCGCGCCGCCGCCAGCGCCAAGUGCCGCGCCGUCGGCACGCGCCACACGCUGCUCGUCAUCCGCUCCGACUACAGCAGCCGCGGCCGCAACACGCUCUCCGUCGCCAAGGGCGACGUCGUCGCGCUCGUCAGCGGCCACCUCAAGGACUGGUUCUGGGUGCGCAGUCGCGACGGCAGCGAGGGCUUCAUCCCGUCCGUCGUGGCCGGCCACGGCUUUCUCUGACAGCGGGGGCGGGAGAAAGCUGCACGGGCCUCGCUACAUUAGCAGACAAUUCGUAUACGAUAACUCAGGUUCUAUCGGCGCUACCGAUUAACAGCGUGCUUUCGGGUGUACGGCCGAGUAGUAGAUUCCGUACGUAUGCACGAUAUCUGGAGCGACCCGGUAGUAGUGUUCGGAUCCUGUGGACUGUGUUCCGAGUACGAGCUAGACGAACACCGACCGGACUUUCUUUUAAUAUACUGGACCGUUUCCAAAGGAGGCGCACUCACCAGUGAGGAUACGUGGCAUCUUUUUCGGCUUAGGGUAAGAGUUAAAUUCGUUCUGUUGGCUCACCAUCUGUUUUCGACUGGCAAUUGAUUUAUUGGUCUUUUUUCAUUUAUUCUAGAUUAAUUUGUGGAGUGCCAUGUCCCGGCAUUUGCUUUCCGACCGAGGGAAAAACGACAGAUACAUCAUUUUGGACAGCUGGCUUUGCUCUCUUUAGUUACGUUCAUUAGGUGAUAUUCUGAAUUUCUUUGUAUAAUGCUAUAAUUCCUCUAGCUCGCAGCUCUUCCGAUUCUCCUCUCCCUUUUAGUCACACCCGUUCGAGAUCCUAUUGUUUCUAUUGUGGUGGUCUCGGGUGUGAAUAUUAGAACUGAGGGAAAUUCAGCACCGUCAGUUGUCGCUAUAAUAUGUCCUGUACGAGCCCCUCAUUCUCUACCUGAGUAGUCCAUAAAUUGCAUUAAGUUUCUCUUUCCUCUCUUUGAGUUGGGGAGCACUAAUUACUACUGACACCAGUGAACUGUCUGUGCAAUAUCAUUUUCGGCGCAUCGCUAUUUAUAGCCGAGUGCAAUCCCUGGUGUCAGUUACACUCUUUGAAGUUUAUUUGUUUUUUGAGGUCAUACUGCUAUUCCGUGAAAUGCGCAUUCUCUCAGGCUUUACUAGCUCUGGUGGAUGAGGUCGCCAAGGAGAUCUUAAUAAACGGAGCACAAGGCCCUGAGCCUUGUGUAAACUGAAGCCUCUGUCCCAGUUUUUUAGGUUGGUCGAUUCAUUUAAAAGAGGGGG